GUUCAGCCAAUAGGAUUCGGGGACAGGGAAAGAACGUCACUCCAAUGUAUGGAAAGGUGCUAGGCUAGUUAUGAGCUAUCGUUGAUUGUCCGGUUCAACAGCGAGAUUUUGCUACAUUUAAAUCUCUAAAAUAUACAUUCACCAGCUGGAGGAGUCAUCUGAGAGGUCCGCAUCAUGGGUGAACCGCAGCAGGUAAGCGCCCUGCCUCCUCCGCCUAUGCAGUACAUCAAAGAGUACACGGAUGAAAACAUCCGCAAGGGUCUGGCUCCCAAGCCGCCUCCACCCAUCAGAGACAGCUACAUGAUGUUUGGCAACCAGUUCCAAUGCGACGACCUCAUCAUCAGGCCUCUGGAGAGCCAAGGCAUCGAGAGGCUCCAUCCCAUGCAGUUCGACCACAAGCGAGAGCUUAAGAAGCUCAACAUGUCCAUCCUCGUGAACUUUCUGGACCUGCUGGACAUCCUCAUCAAGAGCCCUGGCAGUAUAAAGCGCGAAGAGAAGCUCGAGGAUUUAAAGCUUCUGUUUGUUCAUUUGCACCACCUGAUCAAUGAAUACAGGCCACAUCAAGCCAGGGAGACGCUGAGGGUGAUGAUGGAGGUGCAGAAAAGACAGCGGCUAGAGACGGCUGAGAGGUUCCAGAAACAUCUGGAGAGGGUGGUGGAGAUGAUCCAGGGGUGCCUCGCCUCGUUACCUGAUGACUUGCCACAGCUGGAGGGUGCGGAUGGUGCUAGUGAUGGGACAAGAAGUGUGUCAUCGGUAGCUAGUGUUGCGUGUUCCUCUGGGCAGGCCCCCAGGCUGAAAACUGAACCAAUGGAUGUAGAGGAAGCUGGUGCCAGCUGUAUGGCAGCAGGUCAACAGGACAAGAGCGUCCCUACUUCAAAGAGAGACAAAAUAUGGGACAAAGACGCUGCCAUGUGCAGCAUUAUUGAUGAAAUUGCUUAAGUUUUCUGUCUUUUUUUGUUUGUCCUUCUAUCCUGUGUUUGUUUUUUUUUGUAUGCUGUACUUAGAUAAAUGAUGAAGAUGGUUGCUGUGUUUCCACCUCUCUCUUUAUUUAAAAAUCUGUCAUGUAGAUAUUAAGAACAGUUUCCUGUGAAGACAUUUGAACAAUGUAAAUAUUACACACACACCAACUUACGGUGCCAACUUUCAGUAUUUGUAAUAAACUCCAAUAAAGAGCUUUCCGAUUGCAUU